AUUAUGAGUUCGGUCGACACCUGAGUUAGGUACCGAGGUACGCAGGAAUGUCCUGACCGAGCUAUGCUACGUUGCGAUAUCGCAAAGUUUUUUCCCCCUUGAGAUUGGCGUGAACUGAUUCUUUAAUUUGACCCAAAUGUCAAGACUGGCGGAACUUUAGACGGAAUUUCUCCGACACAUGACGACCAGGGAUGUUCGACUCCUCACGACUCGGUCCACCAUGGCUUUGCCACGACAAUCGCAACGUCCUCCGUCAAAUACGACAAAAGAUCAAGCACAAAAUUCCUUGAGAUAACCCAUUGACCAAAAAAAACAUUCGGUAUUGACUAACCAAGAUGGCUUCCCUCAGUUCCUGGCUACCGAUCCCCAAGUCCAGCCACUUUUCCCUGGCGAACAUCCCAUUUGGCAUCAUUUCCACAGCGUCCAAGUCGACACCUCGUCCAGCAAUUGCAAUCGGCGAUCAUGUCCUGGACCUUGCUGAAUUCGCAGCUUCAGGGGCCUUUUCGUCUCUGAACAUUGAUACAUCUGUCUUUUCUAAAUCAACGCUCAAUGAUUUCGCUGCUCUGGGAAGACCGGUGCAUCGAUCAGUGAGACAAUAUCUCCAGGAUGUCUUUGCAGAAAACACAUCCGUUGCACAAGUGCUCAAGAGCAACAACGCUCUACAAGAAAAAGCAUUGAUCAAACGCGAUCAAGUCACCAUGCAUCUCCCGUUUCGAAUUGGAGACUACACCGAUUUCUACGCAGGCAAGAACCAUGCCUUUAACGUUGGAUGCCUUUUCCGUGGACCGGAUAAUGCAUUGCAACCAAAUUACACCCAUUUACCUGUAGGCUAUCACGGUAGAGCGUCGUCUGUGGUGGUCUCAGGGACACCCAUCACACGUCCAAAUGGACAGACUCUGGACAAUCCUGCAGCCACUCCUAAAGUUCCCGUCUUUGGACCAAGCAAGAGAUUGGACAUUGAACUCGAGCUAGGAGCCUUUGUUAGCACACCCAACGAAAUGGGCAAAAACGUCAACGUUGCCGAUGCAGCAGAUCACAUCUUUGGCUAUGUGCUACUCAACGACUGGUCAGCACGAGACAUUCAAGCAUGGGAGUAUGUCCCACUAGGACCGUUCUUGGCCAAGAACUUUGGAUCAACCAUCAGUCCCUGGGUAGUGCUGACAGAUGCUCUCGAGCCGUUUCGGACUACUGGGAUCAAGAACGACACACAGUUGCUGCCGUAUCUGCAGGAGAAAGAUGAGAAGAAUGCAUAUGAUAUUAGGUUGCAGGUGGACAUUACACCGGAGGGUAAACCGACCACCAAUAUACUCAACUCCAACAGCAAGCAUUUACUAUUCUCUUUCCCUCAAAUGCUAGCACACCAUACCAUUGGUGGAUGCCCCAUGGCGCCAGGAGAUCUUCUAGGCUCAGGCACCAUCAGCGGACUGGAACCGGGUUCGGAGGGUAGCUUGCUUGAGCUUAGCAAGGGUGGAAAGGAAACAAUCUCACUCCAGGGCGGAGUCGAGCGGAAAUUCCUCCAGGACGGAGACACUAUCACGUUGUAUGGCGUCGCUGGAACUGAAGAGACCGGACUUGUCGGCUUCGGCGAAUGCUCGGGCAAGAUUCUCCCAGCACCUAAAUUGUUCUAGGGGGGUCCUUGAUUUAGCUUCGUCGAGGAAGCUUGUGCGUGCUUGGGGUAGUCGAGCAUUCAUAGAGUAAUUGCAUAAAACUAGGAAUAGGGCAUCCUGAAGUCUGUCAUCACG